AUGCCUGUUGUCGACGAAAUCCAGUCUUCUUGGGCCGAUGAAGUGGAAAUUGAUCAAGGGGAGCUCCCACCACCUUCGGAAGUUGUUGAAAAUGGAUUAAAAAUUGUCACUGAAUAUAAAUACGACAAUGACAACAAAAAAGUUAAGAUUGUUCGUACAUAUAAGAUAGAAAAACGUGUUGUUUCAAAGAGUAUUGCAAAACGUAAAACAUGGAACAAAUUCGGUGACUCCGCUAAUGACAAACCUGGUCCUAAUCCUGCUACUACUAAUGUUUGCGAGGAUGUAUUCAUGCAGUUUAUAACAAGCAAAGAAGAAGCACAGAGACCAGAUGAAGGAGAUUUGGAAGCUCUUAAGGCAAGACCUACUAAAGUGCUAUUCAAGUGCCGUACAUGCCAAGGUGAACAUUGGACUUCAAGUUGUCCAUUCCAGCACACACAAUUAGCACAAUCGAAGGCAAUGGAAGCUGCAAAAGCAGCUGAAGCCAAAACCUCUUCAACUAAGUAUGUUGUACCACAUGCAAGAGAAGGUGCAUCUCAUAUGGGUCGUGAUCAACUAGGACGAAGAGAUGAUGUUGCUGCUAUUCGUAUUUCUAAUCUAAGUAACUUUGCUGUUGAAGCUGAUCUUGAUGACCUCGUCAAACCUUUCGGACCAGUACACAAGCUGUAUCUCGCUAAAGAAAAGAGUACUGGCCAAUGCAAAGGUUUUGCUUAUGUGCAUUUCAAAUUCCGUGAUGAUGCAGCUAAAGCAAUUGAGACUCUCAACGGAUAUGGUUAUGAUCAUUUAAUCUUGAAUGUGGAAUGGUCGAAGCCGCCCCAAAACAACUAA